AGUUCCAUAGAUAAACUUUCCUUCAGUUCUUUUCGUCGUGCCAAGGAAUUCAGAAUUCCAGUAAUUCCACCAUAAAAGGCCUAAAUCAUCAAUAAUGAGCUCUAUCUGUUGCAUAUGUCUAAUAGAUAUUGUUGGUAUUGGGUGUUACAAAUUGAAUCAUUCUGAUGAGACUGGCAUUAGCUGGUUGAACAAAUUAUACUCCAUAGUACCCGAAUUGGAACAGAUCUCAUCAAAAUUUGUAGAAGAUUCACUAGUGGUAUGUGAUUGUUGUAUAAAUCAAAUUGACGGAAUUAUCAGAUUCAAAAACCAUUUGAUUGAACUCAUUGCAAAGCACAAUCUUCAAACUACAAGAGAAAGUAUCACUGGUUUUGAGAAUGAUGAUAUUUUCAAUAAUUCUAUAGAGUACCAGAAACUCAGUGACCAUACUUUGCAGGAUGUUAGUGAAACAACAUGUUCGAAUGCUUGUCUUGAAUAUAAUUUUCCAUGUGAUUCUAGAAUUGGGUCACCUGAAAACCAAGAAACUGGUUCACUAGCCACAAUUUCCACUGAAACUAUACAGAAUUAUUUGGAAAAAGAAUGUAAUGAUGAAAUAAAUUUCAAGGAGUCUGAAUCACAAUGCAAGAAAUCUAGUGAAUCAAUCACUCAUGGUAAACUUUCUAAAAUAAAUGAAAAAGGAAAUAAAAGUUCAUUAGUUUGCAAUAGUUGCAAUGCAUUUUUAACAACUAAAGGGAAGCUCAAAUUGCACCAAAAAUCAUGUGCAAAAUUUCUAGGCAGGGUACAAGAUAGACAUGAGAUUGAAAGAAAGGCCACAAAUAAAUACUCUUGUGAGAAAUGUGAUCUGAAAUUUGAUUACAUCAAAGAUGUUAUAGCACAUUCCACCAUUGUUCAUUCCAUGAAUGAAAAGGCUGUUAAACCAUAUUCCUGUGAUAUCUGUAGUUGUCGUUUCACAUGUUUUUCCAAUUAUAGUCAGCAUAAAAAAUACCAUAAUGGUACUAGGGAUCAUAUAUGUUCCCUUUGUGGUAAAACUUUCAUAACUAAAGGUGAUCUCAUGGCACAUGACUACAUUCAUCAAAAUCGCAGGAACUACAAAUGUACAAUAUGUGAAAAGGCAUUCAACACUAACAAAAAUCUAAGGACACAUAACCUAGUUGUACACACUGAUCACACUUUAUGGAAACAUGAAUGUUCAAUAUGUCACAAGAGAUUUCCUUUGAAAGGAAACUUUGAUCAACACAUGAAGAGACAUUCUGGGGACAAGCAGUAUGUGUGUCAUAUUUGUGAAAAGUCUUUUGUAUCUAGAAGUGAGCUGAAGAGACAUGUUUCCUUACACACAAACAUAAGAGCUUUCUCUUGUGAAUAUUGUAAUCAAGAAUACAAGACCCUGAGAACUUUGAACAUCCAUUUGAAACGUUCUCACUCCAUAGGAGAUGUGAAGCUACCACUGAAGGAAAGAAAAUAUGUUUGCCAUAUUUGUCCUAGUCAGUUUUACAAUAAACAUAAAUUGACCAGGCAUCUGUAUGGACAUUCAGGAUUGAAACCAUUCAGUUGUGAUUCAUGUGAUAAAAAAUUUACUGAUAAAUCAUAUUUGAGUCAUCAUUUACAAGUUUCACAUAAUAUUAUGAAAAGCACUAUAGAUUGAAGUCAGUUAUUUACCAUACUCAAUAAAGAAAUGAA